CGCCCUCGCGUUGUGCACCCCACGCUGCCGCCAUUUCUACAGGGGCUCACCUGGUCACCACACCCCCUUGGCCCACCCGCGGAUCUCAGUCCGUGGCUGACCUCUGGCCAGCAUGGUGCAGCCGCAGACAUCCAAAGCUGAAAGCCCGGCCUCGGCAGCGUCUCCGAACGCCCAGAUGGAUGAUGUUAUUGACACCCUGACCUCCCUGCGCCUCACCAACUCAGCGCUGCGGCGGGAGGCCUCCACCCUGCGGGCAGAGAAGGCCAGUCUCACCAACAUGCUGGAGAGCGUGAUGGCAGAGCUGACCUUGUUACGCACCAGGGCGCGGAUCCCGGGGGCUCUGCAGAUCACCCCGCCCAUCUCUGCAAUUACUUCAAACGGGACUCGACCCAUGACCACACCUCCAACCUCUCUGCCCGAGCCCUUUUCCGGGGACCCAGGCCAGCUGGCGGGGUUCCUGAUGCAGAUGGACAGAUUCAUGAUCUUCCAGGCCUCCCGCUUCCCGGGUGAGGCCGAGCGCGUGGCCUUCCUUGUGUCUCGACUGACUGGGGAGGCGGAGAAGUGGGCUAUCCCGCACAUGCAACCUGACAGCCCCUUGCGCAACAACUAUCAGGGGUUCCUGGCAGAGUUGCGGAGAACCUACAAGUCUCCGCUCCGGCAUGCGCGGCGCGCCCAAAUCAGAAAGACUUCUGCCUCUAACAGGGCCGUGCGAGAGAGGCAGAUGCUCUGCCGUCAGCUGGCCGCUGCGGGCACGGGGCCUUGCCCAGUGCAUCCAGCUUCCAACGGGACUAGUCCAGCGCCAGCCCUGCCUGCCCGAGCACGGAAUCUUUAAGAAUCCGCCACCACUUGGUAGCGUCUGCAGCCACCCAGGUAGCAUACGCUCUUUGCUGUGUAGAAGAAAUGCCCAUAGGACAGCAUCGCCCCUGUUGAAGACCUCCCUUCUUGCCUCUCCAGAUGUGUUCCCCAAGGAGAUCUUCCUUCCAUCCCUCCUGGCGCCCUGGUUGCCCACCUUGCUGCGCUUCCUCUUAUGUGCUAGCUUUGUACCUAUCGCUCACUGCAUGCUCACCUCCCUCUUGCUGGCAUCCCGGGCUGUUUGAAUGACUGCCGCUCUGCUGCUUAGGCACAGGGACUCUGCCGCACGCUGACAAACCACGAGGGCUGACCCCUCCCAGCCUGACUUGGUUCAUGGAGGCUCCUACUCUGCCCUCUCCAAGCUCCUUUGGCGGCUCCCCACCUGGUUGCCCAGUUCCUAUUGAUGAGCUCUGGACAGAAAGAUGCCAGUUUGGCCAGGCUGGUGGCUUGAUGGGUGUACCUGGAGAGGGAGUCUGGCUUCCCACCCAAGAUGCCUGCCAGCCCUGCCAGGGCCCAGUGCAGCAGGCAGGGCCUCAUCCGUGCUGUAGUGGUCGAGUGGUCACUGCUAGGAGUGUAGUUCUACCAUUUCCAGGGGCCAGGUUCCACUCUGCAUGUGAGUAUGCAGUCUGGGAGGCCCCACUGCUCUCACUGGGAAGGACCAGUGUUGCACCUCUGUUAAUGCCUGGCUUCAGCUGCUGGUGUUCUGAUCGAGCCAGAAGUUUGGGGAAUCUGGAACUUGCCUGCUAAAUAAGGUCAUGGUGGACUCUCAGCCACUGGUCAAGUCUAUCAGGCUGCAGGUUCCAGCACACUUGCACCUGAGGGCCAUAGCAGGCUGAGGGUGGAUACCAGUGACUCCCUUUGCUGCCCAGAAUCUCCAUGGGCAGUGCCACAUCGGCUGAUGCUCAGUCACUCCUGCUUCUGCACCCUGUCACUGUCUCAAGCCUUGCCCAGCUUGAGACCCGUUCCCAUCUCCAUUCAGGUGCCAUGUGGCCUUCACUGCAGCCCUGCAGCUACUCACACACCAUCUGUGGGUCUCCAAAGGCACCUUGUAGCAUGUCCUUCCCAUGCCUGGGCAAUCAGAUGGGCUGCCUUUGUCCAAGAGAAAACAGACUCCCUUUGGGAAACAUCCUUAAGCACUUAAGGCCGGGGAGUGUCUGCCUCUGGCAACCCUGCCAGGGUCUUGGUGGCAUAUGUAAAAGCAAAGAGCUGUGGACUGUCGUCGUCUUAGUGUGGUGACAAUGCAGCACUGGCAUGCAUGUCCUGCUUCUGAAGGACCUGGUCCUUCCUCACAAGAGGGGUGACCAAGAAAUCAUUUUGUGGCUGAGUUUGGCCAUGCCCUGUGGACUGAGCUGUUCCGCCAUAUUUCAAUGCCAAAUGGAACAUAUUGACAUGACCUCCUGGACCGUAGGGAUUCUUAUCCUGGGCUCAUCUGCCCCUGUCUGAAGGGUCCUGGCUUGACUGCAGAAGGACAACCUCCAUACCCACCUAAAGACAUGUAUGUGUCUUGGGACCCCAGAGGUUGGGUCCUUGGACCUGGCUUCUUAAGAGUUUUGAUGACGCUGGGAAAAGUGACUGCGAUUCUGAAGAACCGCUGCCUUGCAAGGGCAAGGACAUUCAGUGGUUGCUGGGGUCCGCAGACUACUGCCACCCACUCAUCAUCAACUUUGUUAGCCCAAUUGCCCUGCUGAACAACUGCCUGAAUACAGGCUUUAGGUUCCCCUGGACUCCAGCCAAGGCUGUUCAGGUGGGACCAUGGUGCUCUUUAAGUAUGGACGGAGGGAGGACACAGUGGGGCCACCAUUCCAUGAAUGGGAGGUGUACAGAUUACUUUCUGUUUGUGCCCAGUUCUGUUCUGUCUCCAGCAGCUGUAUUGGUAAGACUAGUACCUGCCAGGCAGAGGUGCCCCCAAGUGAAGGGGUACAGUGGCACCUGGGAAAAGGCAUCUGGAAGGUUUCCAUGUGGCCCAGCCCAGCAUGGAAGCAGGGUGGGAACUCUGCCGUGUCGCCAGCCCUGGCUCUACCCAAGUGGCUUGUUAAAAGCCAUACCAUGUCUGUGUCAGGCUUGUGCUGCUCCACACCCCAGAGCUGCCUAGGAAAGACCGUCCACACUCCCUGUCCACAC